AUGAACGAGAGAUCGCUUCCCGCCUCUCCCAACUGGUACUGCUCGCGCUGCAGUGACGUCAACAGCACCGGUUUGUUGGGCGUCGGAGCCAAGAACGUCGUUUACCUGAUUGAUGUUUCCGCGUCCUCGUGCAGAGUUACAGGUGAGCUCGCGGGCCACCGGGACCUGGUGUCGGGCUUUUCUUUCUGUCCGCACGCCGAGCAGAGUCACGUCUGCGUCAGCUCGUCCACCGACGGCACCGUUCGUUUCUGGGACUCCAAGUCCAAGACGGUGAUCAGGGAGCAUGCUGCCCACCAGAGUCCAGUCUCCGCGGUCCACUGGUCUCCUGUCGACAAGAACCUGGUGGUGUCGGGGGACGAGAAAGGAGUGGUGGUCGUCCACUGGUUCCACACCGGAGACACGUGCAGCUUCUUCCCCGAGCCGAGGACCAUCUUCUGCCUCAGCUGCUGUCCUCACAGCUGGAAGUCUGUGGCUGUCGGGUACAAAGAUGGGAUGAUCGUCCUCAUCGACGUCAGUCAGAAAGGAGAAGUGACGCACCGUCUCCGUGGACACGACAACGAGAUCCACUCGCUGGCGUGGGCGCCUCAGAGCGGCGAGGACGCUCUCUGCAGCAGAGCCGACGACGGCGACGGAAUUAACGGAGCUCCCCGAGGAGAGGACGCCGGCUGCUUCCUCGCAUCGGGGAGCAAAGACCAGACGGUGAGGAUCUGGAGCACAGCCAAGGGGAAAGCUCUGAUGACCCUGAAGCUGCCCUUCCUGAAGAGAAGAGGUUCUGCCGUCGACCCCGGGGUCCGAGAGAGGAUCUGGCUGAACGUCCACUGGCCGAAGGGACGACCCACGCAGCUGGUGUCCAGCUGCUUCAGCGGUGAGUUGGUGUUGUGGGAUUUGGCCAAGUCGGGGAAGCAGAAGUGGAGUCUGUUUGGAGCGUCGUCCGAGGGCCAGAACCACAGCCGGAUCGUCUUCAACAUGAGUUCUGUUGAGCUGCAGGACAGAGAGCUGCUCAUCAGCACCUCCAUGGACCGAGAGAUUAAAUGCUGGGACCUGGACUCUUUGGGCUGCUGCUGGACCCUCCCCACCCUGGGGGGUCACGUCUACACUCUGACCUUCUCCCCGGUGGGCGUGGGCUGUCUGGCUCUGGGUGUCGGGGACAACAUGAUCCGGGUCUGGAACACGCUGAGCACUCAGAACCCGUACGACAUCCGGUCCUUCUGGCAGGGCAUCAAGUCCAAGGUCACGGCGCUGGCGUGGCAUCCGAGAAAAGAAGGCUGCUUGUCGUUUGGAACGGACGAUGGGAAAGUUGGGAUUUAUGACGUCUUCUCCAACAAGCCUCCUCAGAUAUCCAGCUCUUAUCACAGGAAGACCGUCUACACGUUGGCCUGGGGACCCCCGGUGCCCCCCAUGUCUCUUGGUGCAGAAGGAAAACAGAGCUACAGCCUGUACAGCUGCUCAGGGGAAGGCGUCAUCCUGCAGCACGACCCGUCGAAGCUGAGCGGAGACGCGUCGGACAUUGACAAGCUGAUCAGAGACACCAACAACAUCCAGCACAAGUUGUCUCCACACACCGACCUCAGCUGGAAGCCCGAUGGGACAGUUGUUGCCAUUGGCAACGAGGACGGGAGCAUCGACGUGUACCAGGCUCCUCGUCUGAAGCAGCUCUGCAGCGUCCAGCAGCACCACAAGGUCAUCAACUCGUUACGAUGGCACCCGGACCCCCACUGUCCCCCCGAGCUGAGCGGGCUGCUGGCCUCCGGCUCCAGCAACGCCAUCGUCUUCAUCCACAACCUGCGCGCCGUCAUCGAGAACCCUCCGGAGGAGCCCGUGGUCCUGAACGAGUCGUAUCGCAGGUUGUGCGGUCAUACGGCUAAAAUCACGGGCAUGGCCUGGAGCCCGCAUCACAACGGCCGGCUGGUCACCGCCUCGUAUGACGGCACGGCGCAGGUGUGGGACGUCCUGGAGGAGGCAGCUGUCGCCAACUACCGCGGUCACAACAACUACCUGCUGUGUGUCGACUGGUCGCCCGUGGAUCCAGAUGUGGUCUGGACCGGAGGGAAGGACUUCACCGUGCACGAGUGGAAGGUCUCCAGGCAAGAGUUCACCAAGCCGCCCAAAGGGAAGAAGAUGGUCAUGCUGCAGGAGAAGAAGGCCACCUCCAAGCAGCAGAAGAAGAAGAACAAGACCACGGGAGAGUCCGGAGGAGCCGCGAGGCCGAAGGCAAACGGAGAGCCCGGCGUGGAAGAGGAGACGAAAAAGGAGCCGUCUGAAGGAGAAGACGACGACGUAAAGUCGACAAACGGCCUCGAAGCUCCAGCAGCAAAUCCAGAGGUGCAAAGAAAAUCAACGUCUGCUGCAAAAAACAAAACAGAUUUCCACCUGUUGAAGAAGAAGAAGGCUCGCUCCAUGCUGCCCCUCAGUACCUGCAUGGACCACCGGCCCAAAGAAGAACUGCUGCAGGACUGCGUCACGCUGGCUUCCCUCAGAUACUCUGAAGCCCCACCUGCAGGUUGUGUCCCGGGUCAGGGGGAUCACGUCCACCUGGGUCUGUUCCAUGACCGGCAGGCGCUGCGCUGCAUGUUCCAGGCAGAAGAGGAGGCCCACCUGGAGGCGGGUCACCUGGACUCUGUGGUGUACCUGCGGCUGUGGAGCGGGGACCUGCAGGGGGCGCUGCAGCUCGCCACAGAGAGGGGGGAGCUGAAUGACCACCUGCUGUCCGUCGCCCCCAUGGCUGGGUUCGAGGUGUGGAGCCGGGCGGCGGAGGCCUACGUGAAGCAGCUGAGCCUGCAGGAGCAGCACCUGAAGGCAGCGUCUUACCUGCUGUCGCUCAACAAACUGUACGAGGCCGUGGACCUGCUGAGGUCCAACAAGCUCUACAGGGAGGCCAUCGCUCUGGUCAAAGCCCGGCUGCCAGCAGAAGAACCCGUCCUGAACGAGCUGUACGCGUGUUGGGCCGCCGCGCUGGAGAAGGACGGACAUUUAUCUGCAGCUGCCAAGUGCUACCUCGCGGCCGGCUGCAGCUUCGACGCAGCCAAGGUCAUCUCCAGGAAGAACGACGCUUCCUCUUUGAAGGCGGCAGCCGGUCUGGCCAGAAUCUCCGGCGAGGAGGUUCUGGCCCAGUCCCUGGCUCUGAGAUGUGCCAAAGACCUGGCUGCUGCUCAGGACUGGGUCGGAGCGCAGGAGGUCCUGAGCUCCCAGCCCGGCCUGCUGGUCCACAGGCUCCAUCUGUGUGUGGCGGAGCUGCUGGCUGCGUCUCUGGAGGACUCGGACGUCUUCUGUCCCGCUUCCCGUGUCUCCAGCCAUCCGUGGGCGGUGCCCGGUCAGAGAUCCAGCAGCCUCCAGGACAAAGUGAGGGACGUCUGGGAGAAGGAGUUUGGUGUUUCACAGAACUCCGCAGGAGACCGCGGAGCCAACGCUCUGCUGCAGGAGCUGAAGGGAGUGGAGAGUCCAACGCCGAGCGCCACCGUCCCCUUCAGACAGGUCCUGCUGUACUCCUCGGUUCACCUGACCCGGGCGCUGCUGAGCUGGAUCCAGAACUCAGACGGACCUCUGAUAACGGAGCUGUGGCAGGCGGCGGCCUGGUUCAGGGAGGCGGGACACUUCUGUGCGUCUGCAGAGUUCUGCAGGCUGCUGUUCCCUGACGGGGACGCCAGUGGUUUUUCCAGGAAUCACUCUGAAACGCUGCAUCACACAGAGGAAGCAGCCGAAGCUGCAGCCGAAGAUGAAGCUGCAGCCGAAGCUACAGCUGCAGCUGCCAGCCUGCAGGCGUUUGUCUGUUACCACCGUCUGUACGAACGCUGGUGGAGCGGCACCACGGCAGGACAAGGCGUCCAGAACGGACAACCCCUUAAAGCAGGAGACGAGCCGAUGGACAACGAGCGAAGCCGAGGACAGUUGGAGUCCGUCGAUGCGUCCAUCCUGCUCUCUGAGCCGCUCGCCGCCCGUCAGGCUGCUCAGAGAUCAGUCAGAGAGAUCCAGGAGCGGCUGACCGCCAUGGUUCUGCAGCACAGCCGGGCCCAGCUGGACUCCGGGGACAAACAGGACAACGGUCCAUCACCAACAUCAGCAGAUGAUCAGGAAGCUGAGAAAAGUUCUGAGAACGAGGAGACUUUUCUGUCUUUGUCCUCCAAGAUGUCCAAACUCCAGCAGGAGCUGGUGGAGCAGAGCACCAUCAAGAUGUUUCCUCACCCAGAUGUGGUGGAAUGUUGCCUCGUUCUCCUGCAUCUUAGGAAGUCCUCUCCCGUCUCCGACGUCCUCCAGGAGACGGCCAAAGAUCUGCUGCGGAAGUACGGAACCGGUCCUCGGAUCCUGAAGGCCUCGCAGCCGUUCUUCACGUGAUUGUCGUUUUUCCUGCAGACUCAAACGCCUCACCUGUACAGCUGUGACUUGAAUAAACACCUUUGAUA